CACUGCAAACAACAACGGGUCAAAGUUUAUUUCUUCCGGCACAUAGGCACAAGUUUGUUUUAUCUUUCGCAUCUUUUCGCGGAAUCCGCAAUGCUCGGCAGAGUUUCUACGUUUCUGCACAGAUGUGCCCCCCCAGCAGUCCGCAGAUGUCACAUGCACGAUAUCCUGUUCCAAAUCCAUCCCUCUGUGUCAGAGGCUUUGGCAGAAAACAGGCCAGUGGUGGCGCUAGAGAGCACGAUCAUUACCCACGGGAUGCCCUAUCCGCAGAACCUGAGUACAGCUCAGGAAGUGGAGGCCAUGGUGCGGUCCCAGGGAGCCACGCCCGCCACCAUCGCAGUCCUGCAGGGGAGGCUGCACGUCGGCCUGUCCCACGACCAGCUUCUCUUCCUGUCCCGUAGCCCCGCCCCCCUCAAAGUGUCCCGCAGAGACCUCCCCUACGUCCUGAGCAGGGCUCUAUCAGGAGGCACCACAGUGUCAGGCACGAUGCUUGCAGCCCACAGAGCCUCCAUCCCUGUGUUUGUGACGGGGGGCGUCGGGGGCGUGCACCGCGACGGAGAGAACUCGAUGGAUGUGAGUGCAGACUUGACGGAGCUUGGCCGAACGCCCAUCGCCGUGGUCUCUGCCGGCGUGAAGUCCAUCCUGGAUAUCGGCCGCACCCUGGAAUUCCUGGAGACGCAGGGUGUGUGUGUGGCCACCUUCGGGAAGACCCGGGAGUUUCCUGCGUUUUUCUCCCCCCAGAGUGGCUUCACUUCCCCUCACAAUGUCACCAAUGCAGAAGAGGCAGCAGAGCUGAUUGAGGCCAUGCUGUCAGUAGGGCUGCAGAGCGGGGUGCUGCUAGCCGUGCCCAUCCCAGAGGAGCACGCUGCUGCUGGAGAGAUUACCCAGGAGGCUGUGCGCAUGGCGGUGGCACAGGCCAGUGAAAAGGGAAUCAGAGGAAGAGACGUGACCCCGUUCAUUCUGCAGCGCGUCAGUGAGCUGACACAGGGGAGGUCCCUCCAGGCCAACAUGGCCCUGAUUCGGAACAAUGCGCGGGUGGGCAGUCAAAUCGCAUGUGCUCUGUCUGAGCUGCAGCGUCACAAGAGGGGCGGAGCCUCACCCCCCCGCCGGGAGCAGGUUGUCAUUGGUGGCAUCAACGUGGACUUUGUUGCCAAAGCAGAAACAGAGAAGCUGUUGUUUGGUCAGACCAAUCCUGGAAGUGUAUGCCAGUCCUAUGGAGGGGUAGGGAGAAACAUUGCUGACUGCAUGGCUCGACUGGGGGAGCCAGCCCUGCUCAUUUCAGCCGUGGGGGCGGACACUCAGGGAGAAGCCCUCCUGAGCCACUGCAGUCACAUGGACACCCGUGGCGUUGCUAGGAUACCGGGGCACAGAACAGCCACUUACUGUGCUGUCAUCACUGGGGGCGGGGAGCUCAGCCUAGGAUUGGGAGACAUGGAUAUCCACCAGCAAAUCACGGCGCAGUAUGUGACCCAGUUUGAGGACCUGCUCUCCACGGCGGACCUGAUCUGUUUGGAUGGAAACAUUCCGGUUUCCACCAUCGAUUACGUCUGCUCCGUGUCCAGGAAGUACGCAGUGCCAGUGUGGUAUGAGCCCACAGACACAGACAAGGCCCCCAAACCCUUCCUGUCAGACAGCUGGAGGAACCUGAGCUACACCUCCCCCAACCUGGCCGAGCUGUGUGCCAUGAACCAGACGCUGGGCCUGCCCACCCCUGCAGUGCUGCCGGGUGAGGUGGGGGAGGUGCUGGGCUGUGCUGUGGCUCUCUGUCGCCCCCUGCUGGAGCACCUGCAGUGUGUGCUGGUGACGCUCGGCCCCCUGGGAGUGCUGCUGUGUGGGGAGCAGGAGGGCGGGGCUGUGCGGCUGUCACCCAGGAAACAGCCCAGGACCCAUGGGCUGUGUGCUGUGCACUACCCGGCCGUACCUCUGACCCCCGGGGACGUAGUGAACGUUUCGGGAGCUGGGGACAGCCUGGCGGGGGCUGUGAUGGCGGGCACUCUUCGGGGGCUGGGGGCGGAUGACAGCGUGCGUUUGGGGCUCCUGGCCGCGUGCCUCUCCCUGGCCUCCCCCCAUCCCAUCGCCCCCUCCCUCAGCGCCCAGACCGUCAGCCUGGAGACCAUCCAAUCACACGCCUGGCCCCAACCCAGCUGCCACUGGAUUGGCCAAUGAGAAGGGCAGGAAUGGACCAAUAAGGAGGCUGGGACCAGUGUGGUUCCUUUGGGCUGGGGUUCUCAUUCCCUACCUUAGUCCUGUACUGUAUAUGAACUUAUUUUCCAUAUUCUCACAUGUAUAUACAGUCUGUAGAAUCAUACAGAGAUGUGUUAGAUGGACACACCCACUCAUGGAAAUGGUGCUGCUCACUGCAUGAAAAACAUAAAGUUUGCUUCCUGUUCAUAAA